AUGCCUCUUAUAAGCACAAUCACCACCCCACUCGUGAACAACCUUCGUUCGCUGCUGCUUGCUGGUGCAGCAUACGCCAACCCGCGAAGCUUGACUGUCAGCAAGCUUGGGCGUCUGCUGGCUGUCCUUAUCGUUCUUGCGAAUCUUAAGGUCAUUCCUUUCUUCUGGCACUCACGCUUUUGGUAUGCUCUCUAUACUCACCUCCUCCUACGUCGCCGUAUCCUGCCGAACCAUACACAGCUCUUCGCACCCGUUAAAAUCGUUGCCCGGGCGCCAUUAUACGAAUGUGAUUUUAAUUACCACAAGUCGAACUCUACCUACUUCUCCGACCUCGAUAUAGCGCGUACGCACCUGGUCGCGCAUCUUAUUAAGAAAUCUCUCCGAUUGCGACGGCAGAGGGGUGACAAACCGCUCUAUGUGGCAUUGGGAGGUGUUAUGUCGCUAUUUAGACGGGAGAUUAAGCCUUAUGAAAAGUAUGAAGUGUGGAGCCGUGUCCUCGGAUGGGAUAACAAAUGGUUCUUCGUCGUCAGCCAUUUCGUAAGCGCGAAGGGUGACCCUAAGCACGGUGGCAAGAGAAAGAUAUACGCUAGCUCCUUGAGCAAGUACGUGUUCAAAGUGGAGAGAAAGACGAUACCACCAAACGAAGUCCUUGAAGAAUCUGGCUUGCUACCGAAGAAACCGGAAGCUCCGGUUGUAGUCGAAGAUUCAAAGAUGGCGAAGCCAGCUGGCUUGAUGGAGAGUGCAGACUUGAUUGUUAAAACGGAGGUGCUGCAUCCACAUUUGCAGCAUUUAGACACUGAGUCGAACGCCGGAAGUGAUGCAGGCACAAGUACUCCUGCGAUUCUCAAACAAUCGUCUUCGGAUGACGAUCUCGCCAUUGAAGAAGAACAGUUGGAGUUGGUUGAUAAGAUCACAAAAUGGGACUGGGAGACCGUUGAACGUUUGAGGAAACAGGGACUCAAAACGGCGCAUCACAUGCUUGGCCUUGAUGCUUUGGAGGGAGAAUUCGAGAAGGGUAACGAGCGGGUCGGGAAUAGGGUCUCUGGCUACCCGGCUUCUAUCCUUGGCCUCUCUUGGGCGUAA